AUGUUUGAAUCUGCAAGAAGUAUUAUGAAUCGGCUUGGUGAUUGUGCAAAGGUUAUAGCAGUGAAAAACAAUCCAGUACAAUGGACAACUCCUCUUGGACUUCCUGUUGUUCAACCAUACCGCAAAUUAGGAAGACAUCUUAUUAAGACAUCUCUUCAAGUUUUGACACUACAACGAGAAACCGAUAAGGUGAUGGUGAAAAGACAAAGAACAGCCUUUCCUCCUAACUUUGUCCACUCUCUUGAUGGGUCCCACAUGAUGAUGACAACCAUUGCUUGUAAAGAGGCCGUCUUAAGUUUUGCAGGACAAGAUCUUGAUUACAGCAACAUAGCUCACAGUCAUCUUCUUCACUCUGAUUGGGCUAAGCUAGAUAAAUUAUUAACCAAAUCUAAUUCAUUACGAGUGAAACACAUUCUGUUAAAGCUUCAAAACGACUACGUCAUUUACCUAAAAUUCUUCAAAUGGAUUGAGCUUCACAACCCUAGUUUACUCACCCUCGAAACAAAUUCCAUCAUCCUCCACAUCCUCACCAAGAAUCGUAAAUUUGUGUCAGCUGAAUCCAUUUUAAAGAAGAUUAUCGGUUCUUGCUCUUGUGAUGUAAACCUCCAUUCUAAGCUCUUCGAUGAUGUUCUUCACUCUUAUCGAAUGUGUGAUUCCACUCCUCGUGUUUUCGAUGCUCUUUUCAAAAUGUAUGCACAGAUGAAGCAUUUCAGGAAUGCAACAGAUACAUUUUGUCGUAUGAAGGAAUACAGAUUUGUUCCCAACAUUAAAUCAUGUAACAUGUAUAUGAGUUCACUACUUAGUUUCAAUCGAGCAGACAUCGCGUUACCAUUUUACAACCAAAUGAGAAGAUCCAAGAUCACAAUCAAUGUGUUCACUCUCAACAUGGUGAUGAAUGCAUAUGUUCAAUUAGGGAAACUAGAGAAAUGCAGUCCAAGUGUUCGAUGA